GAUGACAAGAUUGUUGGAGGUUACAUCUGCGCCAAGAAUGCCGCUCCCUACCAGGUGUCCCUGAACUCCGGGUACCACUUCUGUGGGGGGACCCUGAUAACUGACUUGUGGGUGAUCUCUGCUGCUCAAUGCUACAAACCGAGCUUCCAGGUCAGACUAGGAGAACAUAACAUUGCUGAGCAAGAGGGUACCGAGCAGUUCAUAGACUCCGCCAAGGUCAUCAGACAUGAACUCUACAACUCCCAAACUCUGGAAAAUGACAUCAUGUUGGUCAAACUCUCCAAGCCAGCCUUUAUGCAGCCCUACAUCGAGGCCGCACCUCUGCCCUCUGGCUGCGCUGCCGCCGGUACCAACUGUCUGAUCUCCGGAUGGGGCAACACUCUGAGCAGCGGAAGUAAUUAUCCAGAUCUUCUGCAAUGUCUGGAUGCCCCAAUUUUGUCCAGUCGCCAGUGCCAAAACUCUUACCCUGGUGAAAGCUCCGAAAAUGUGUUCUGUGCUGGCUAUCGGGCCGGUGGAAAUGACUCCUGCCAGGGUGACUGCGGUGGCCCCAUGGUAUGUGAUGGAGUGCUCCAGGGUAUUGGCUCCCUGGGAUAUGGCUGUGCUCAGAAGAACUGCCCUGGUGUGUACACAAAGGUCUGCAACUACAUCGACUGGAUCCAAAGCACUAUGCUUGACAACUAA